GCGUCGUGGGUUCGCAGCCAUCAUCGCUGUUGCAGGAAGGCUUACGAGGACUCAUCAUCUCGCCCGUCACCACAUUCUUCCUAAAGAUCGGAUAUUGCUGGGCAGUCCGAACCAUGGCGAUCGUCCGCGUCGUCAUCCUCAUCCCUGCAUCAGCACUAUUCAAGGCCGGUGUCGAGCCUGGAAAGGAUCGCGCGAAACGACUAAAGUAG